CACGGUCGCACUGUGAACGCGGACAUCAACGCCAUUGCAUCAGAAGACACUUCUUUUUUUUUUUUUUUUUGACAAAACAGACGUCCCACAAUCCACUCUUGGAGGCGGGUGAAGGUUCGACAUGAAGAUGUUGCCAUGGACACCGAAUGGCAUCCCGUCAUAGGCUGAUGAAGUGUGACAGUGAGACCGUGUCAGUGACAAACAUGGCUGCCAACCAACCACAACCUCAGGACUUUGUAGACUCUGAUCCAGAAGACUUGUCAGGGGAGCUGGUCCAGGCCGUGUGUCUUGAAUCGGACCUGCAGGACGGACAGAUGCUGGAGGUGGAGGUGGGUCACCACAGUGUUCUGCUGACCCGCACCGAGGGUCAGUACAACGCCAUCGGGAACCAGUGCACACACUACGGCGCUCCUCUUAGCAAAGGCGUGAUUUCGGGGCACCGUGUGCGCUGCCCGUGGCAUGGCGCCUGCUUUAAUGUGCACACUGGAGAUGUGGAGGAGUUUCCCGGAAUGGACGGUUUACCCUGUCACAAGGUGAUGAUCCACAACAAAAAAGUUUACGUGUCAGUCAACAAAAAGACAUUAGAGCAGCAGAGAAGAAUGAAAAAGAUGGGGGCUGCGGUGUCAGGGGUCACUCACACCAUGCUGCUGCUCGGGGGAGGUGUGGCGUCGCUGAUCUGCGCGGAGACAUUACGCCAGGAGAACUUUGGGGGGAGAAUCGUCAUGGUAACCAGAGACGAGCUUCUGCCUUAUGACAAGACGCGACUCAGCAAGGUGAUGAACGUGGACAGUGAGAGCAUCUUGUUGAGGAGGAUGGACUUUUACCACAAAUACGACAUCGAAGUCCAGCUUAGGAAGGAAGCGCUGUCUGUGGACACGGACAAGAAGACGGUGACGUUUGACGACGGCUCUGUGCAGCGAUACGAUCAGCUGCUCAUCGCCACAGGCUGCAGAGCUAAAGGUCUGGAUGUCUCCGGCAUGGAGUUGGACAACAUCAAGAAGUUGGAGACGCCAGAGGACGCGCGUCAGAUCCACACCUCCUGUCUGGGUUGUGACGUGGUCGUCGUGGGGACCUCCUUUGUUGGCAUGGAGGUGGCGUCCUAUUUGGUGGACAAGGCUUCCAGCAUCACGGUAAUCGGCAGCAGCGAGCUGCCCUACCAGAACACGCUGGGACCCGAGAUCGGCCGAGUCACCAUGACGAUGUUGGCCGAGAAGAACGUGAGCUUCCACAUGAACGACAACAUCAGCGAGGUACGGGGCGUGCACGGAAAGGUUAACCAGGUGGUGCUGAGGAGCGGAAAGGUCGUCCGAGUGGACAUUCUGAUCGUGGCUAUCGGCGUCGUACCGAACUCAGAGUUCCUGCGAGGAAGUCCCAUCAAGUUGGACUCCAGGAAGUUCGUACAUGUGGACAAGCACAUGCGUACCAACGUGGACGGCGUGUUCUGCGGGGGCGACGUGGCCACCUUCCCCCUGACUAUGGCGAAGGACCGACGCGUCAACAUUGGACACUGGCAGAUGGCGCAGGCGCACGGGAGGACAGCUGCUCUCAACAUGCUGAAGCAAGACUCUCCUGUCAACUCUGUCCCGUUCUACUGGACCGUGGUGCUGGGAAAGACUAUCCGCUACGCAGGCUACGGCGAAGGAUACACCGAAAUAGUCAUGAAAGGAAACUUUGAGGACAGGAAGUUCCUCGCGUUGUACAUAAAGGACGAUGAGGUCAUAGCGGCGGCCAGCUUGAACUAUGACCCGGCGGUGUCUGCAGUGGCCGAGAGACUGGUUUCAGGACGAGUCAUUACCAGGGACGAAGCUCUAUCUGACGACCUGAGCUGGCUGCAGUUGUCCUGACGGAGGCGCCCCACCAGGUCUUCGCCAGGUGGACUCAGGUCCCGCACGGACUGGAUGGAGACUGAAAAGACAUAAGCGCGCAAACAACACAUACCUCACCUUUGUACAACUUUGUGGUCGCACAUCUUUGUGGAACGUUCCACUUCAGGGACGGAGGUCGUCACUUUUGUCUCCGAGUUAGUCCUCUUUUUUUUUUUUUUAAACCUAACACACUUUUUAACUGCACGCCCCUCCCCCAACACUCAGGGCGGGGUCAGAGAUGUGUAGAAGACAACUCUUGGUAUGAUUGACAGUCCUCAAGUCAUUUCAUUUUAUUGUCCAAUUAUUAUUAUUAUUUUUAAUGCUGACUAAAAAAAAAAAGCAACAUUUUUUUCA